AUUGCUCCGCGAGCUAAACUGAGCAGUCAAAUCUAAAAUAAAAGCAAAACAAAGCAAGCUAGCAAAAGCACUUUCAUUGCGGGAGUCAGUGUGUACUUUACACUGUACUCAAAUGUUUAAGGAUUGAAACUAUUCAUAAUUGCACAGCUUAAUAAGUCUACCUGUAGGACGUUUUUGUUUCUUCCCCACAUUUUCUUUCGCAAUGUUUACCUUGCUGCUAAUUUUUGGACUGCAAAACUCGAGAACCGAAACUUACGAUAUUUUGUUGAAAAAUAAACUCUGUCUCAUUUAGGUUUCACUUCCUGGGAUGUCUCGCUGCCAGUUUACUAGUAGCCGGUAUGCGCUUGUUUAAAUUUAAAUAAAAAUGGAUACAUGUUUACAACAAGAUCGAGUCAGCAAUGACUGCAUGAAAACCGAAAAGUUAAUGGACGAAUAUCUGCGAUCUCAGGGGUUGUAUCGAAAGGAAAUAGCAAAAGAUGGGUCCUGUCUGUUCAGAGCAGUGGCUGAACAGAUACUCCAUUGUCAGAGUCGACAUCUAGAAGUAAGACAUAGUUGUGUAAGUUACUUAAGAAGGAACAGAUCAAAAUACGAAGCGUUCAUUGAAGGGACGUUCGAGGAGUACCUGAAGCGACUGGAAAAUCCACAGAUCUGGGUUGGAGAAGUGGAAAUAAGUGCCUUGUCUCUGAUAUACAAGCACGAUUUUUUAAUCUAUCAGGAACCAGGAAAGCCACCAGUCAAUAUAACUGAAAACAACUUUCCCGACAAGGUUAGCCUAUGUUUCCUAAAUGGAAAUCACUAUGACUGUGUCUACCCCAAGCAGUUUACUGAAGCUGCAGCUUUAUGCCAGUCUAUUGUAUAUGAACUGCUGUAUGACAAGGUGUUGGGAGUGGAUAGCAGCAAACAAACUUCCAGUCUUCAGAGCUGCAGUGAGUCCGAUCAAGGUGCGUGUGAGGAAUGUGUCAGCAGCGAUGAGUCUGAUUUGGAUGCUAAUAGGACUGAAGGAGCUGCUGAACCUGCUGACAUGAAUACAGUCCGGUCCUGGUAUAAUAAGCAGGACCCUAAGGGAGUACACUUUGUUACCGUAUUUACAUAUGCACCUCUGUUUCUAUGGAUUCCCAUUCGUAAGGAUUCCAGUCCUGCUUCUGCCCCCCUAUCCAGGAGGGUGCUCCAGUCUCUCGACCCAGCAGUAUACAGAAAUGUGGAGUUUGAUGUCUGGUUAAAGUCUAAAAGAGCCCAACAAAAAAUGGAUUACUUCAUAGCUGCUGGAAUGCAGUACACCACUGGAGACAAAUGCAAGGUGCGUUUGGAUCCUAGUGGGAGGUUCUAUAAAGCCUACAUUCAAGAAGUCAGCCAUGAUGAUGGUCCUGUGGUGGUUUUUGUUGAAGAACUUGGAGCGAAGUACACGAUUCCCCUGAAAAACCUUCGUCCAACAUCAGAGGACCACCCCAAUAGUGGCUGGAGCACAGUGAUAGAGAAGAAACCUAAGAGACCCGGCCCUGUAACUGGGCAGAAUCUGCUCUCCGAUGCUACUGACUAUAGGGGAGUGAAGCAGCCAGCAAAAGCAGUCAAACCUCCACCAAAAGGGCCUCCAAAACAUCAGCAAGCUGUGCUGACCAGAGCCUCACACCACUCUGGUCCUUCUGCAGGGCAGGCCCCACACUCCCCUACUGAGCAGAAACAAGGCAGCGGGACUCAUCCACAGACUGCAAGGAAAUGUGACCUAGACCCUGGAUUUUCCUGCACUUCAGGAGAGAACAGAUACUUUGGUCUGCCACCGGAAGAGCGGAAAGCUAAAGAAGCUAACGAACAGUCGCGUGCUCUGUUGGAGAUUCAACACAAGGAUGAGCAAUCCUUUCCAGCACUCUGUAACCAGACUGUUUGUCAAACCGCCAUUCAAAGCAGUGAUGCUAAUAAUCCAAAGAAAACCCAGAGUACUGAGAAGCGGCGCUCAAGGCGGCGAGUGGAGUCGCAGCAACCUGGACAGAAAGACCCAAAGAAUCAACGUGUCAAACCAGGACUGAAAGUUGAGCAAAAUAAAUCUCUGGCUUUCAGCAAUCCUGGGCCGACUGGUCCAGGUCCUGCUCCUGUUGCUCUUACCAGAUCUCAGCCUCCUGUCUCUUUCUCUCACACUUGCCUGCCAGCAGACCCUCUGCCAUACGAGGCUGCAACCUGCUGUCAAACAGGCAUUUCACCAGUACCUAAUGCACCUGCCACUGUGCCCAGCCCCGUGAUGUCACAUGGUAAUGUGAUGGCGGCCCCGAUCACCCCACUUCCUGUUCCUCUGCCGGCGACAGGCCAGCCCUCAGUGCCAUUGUCUGAGGUCUUAGCCUUGUACCAGGACCUCUUGUACCCUGGGUUCCCUUGUAAUGAAAAGGGAGAUGGUGUCCCUGCACCGCUGUAUUCCUACUGUAAAAAUGGGGACGAUCUUCCAAGUGAUAAAUGCAUUCUAAGGUUCUUUUUUAACCUGGGCUUAAAGGCUUACAGUUGUCCCACGUGGCCACCCCAUUCCUACCUCUUUCCCCUGCAUCAGGCUCAUUAUAAUGCCUGUGCAGUGCAGCCCAAAAUGCCUGGCCCUGUUUCCUAUGCAACUACUUGGUUUCCAGAGGGUGCUGCCGUGUGUCAGAGCGUCAGCUCCACCUCAGCCAGCUGCACCAUACCGAUUCAAGACCACAAGGACCUGCCCUUGCCAGCUGCUGGAAGAGCUCAUGGUCCUUGCUUCUGGGGGCAACCCCCCUUACCUGCCCACAUCUCUACCCCCUGCAUGCAGUCUCCUCUGCAGUCCAUUGAAUCAUUUAGCCAUCCUGGUCCCAGUUGUCAACAUGCCAUACUGUGGCAUUUUGUUUUUCCAAACCCUAACAGGAUCUAUCAAGCAAGGUGUCCAGGUGCUGUCCAGGCAAAGCACUACUGUGUGCCAUGCACGGCAUAAAAAAAUUAUAUCUAUAUACACACACACUCUUAUAUAAAAGAGCACUGGCACUUUUUCUUAAAGCUGAAGUUGCUGAAAAUUACCCCAUGCGGUCAAGAACAAUCAAGUAUUCGACAGAUAACUAAAACCACACCCAGUCAGUUAUGAGACAGCACUGGUACCGGUACUCCACAGAAGCAGCUUUUGUGACUGACCUGAAGCUGGUGGUGGUGUUUUAUGAAGUGGUUUGGCACUGAUGAUAGUUGAAUUUUGUUUAGCUGGAUUUAAAGAAUUGCACUGAAUGUUUGUGUUUUGCACUUUUUAUGAUGAUCAAUUUGUAUUCAUGGAAAUGCCUCAGUUGUUUUGUUAUAGGAAAAAAAAAUUGUAAAAAAAAAAAAAAAAAAAAAAAAAAAAAAAACCCACUGAAGGAUACACCUGUUGUGUCUUUUUUUUUUUAGGUGAAUGUAUCAGAAUUUGUGACUAUGGAGAAAUCAAAGAUUUAAGUUUUGUUUUGUGCAGAGUUGCCAUUUGUUUAAAAUGUGUCCAUUUUGGAAAUCUUUAAGAGAACUGACUUUUGUUUUUGAGGUGAAUACACUGUAGUUUGUUUCAAUCAUUUUUGCCUGAAACUAUUGUCCUUUAUAGAAAUGAAGAAUAGGGCACCUUUGCCUGAUGUUUUAUAUAUGUUAGCUGGGGUACCUAUUAAAAAAUGUUUAAAAACAGAUAUAAAUUGUAGUAGCAUGUUUGGUCUACCUAUAAGUUUAAAGUGUUAAGUAUUCAAAGAAGAAAGUGAUAACAGCCCAAAGACAUUACCCAAGUUUAAUUUCUCUAACAACUAUUCCUGAUGUUUUCUAUUAAUUUAAUGAGACGAUGGAUUACAGACAGUAGUUUUUCUGAUUUAACAACACUGCCACCUUUUUAAACUCCUCCAUUUUAGCUUAUUACCAAUAAAUGUUUUAGAAAAUAUAAACUCACACUAAGCAGCUGACAAGUCCAUCUACGGCUGAUUUUUAUCUUGUGUUGACUGGCGUACUGACUCAAUCAAGCUAUUUUUCUUGCAAGCCAGCACAAGUUAAACUACAAAGGUUUACAAAAAUAUAUAUAAACCUAACAGCCUUAAUGAUUUAAUUUAGUAUAUACGAAGUGUAAAGCAGUUUACAAAAGCUGGCCUAUACCCAGUGGAGACUUAAACAGAAGGAGAUUAGGAGUUAUUAUACCUCGGGGGGGUUUCCAUGAAUUCUCUGCUACCUAUCAACUUUUUAAACAAUUGUGAUCUUUCUUGAAUUUAAAUAUUACUGUUCAGUUAAUGUUUUAAAUUGUGCUGUUAAAUAUCAUUAGUUCCCUUGUAUUCUGCUGAAUAUUAAUUGUAUCCACGGAGCGCCUUUGCCGGAUGCAUCACUUGGCAGUCCACACAACACAUUUUCUUAAAUAGAAGGAACACGUCCCCUUCUUGUAUUGGACGGAGAGAUCAUUAGUAUUUCUGAUCUGGUGUCUGGUUAAAGAUACUUUUAAAUAAAUCAUGAAGGUCUUUGCAGUAUGUUCAAUCAUUAACAGGAAGCCACCUGAACAGGCUGUCGGGUCGCUAAAUACAGUGCAACAGUUAGUGUGUCAAUAAGUUUUAUUUAUUUAUUUUUAAGUGAUGGAAAAUAUGUAUACUUACACUUCAGAAAUGGGGACUUUUCACAGGGAAUUACCCAUUACAUGGCAAUAGGUAAAUUACACAGAAAGCCGUGAAAAAAAAUACAUCCUUUAUACCUAAUAAACCCGUUUCUUGGAUGAUACAUUAAGCAGACAAGCCCUGGUUUGCUAUUUCAAGUCCUUGGCUUCGUCUCCAGAUUUCAAAUAGCGAAAAAUAAAUAAAUACAUAGCGAGGUCUAACUAAUACAUCCUGGCUUUACUCUUCAGACUGGGGCAUAAAUAUGAGCAGCAAAUAGACAUCUCCUUUUAAAUUUUGGGGGAUUUGGUGUAGAUUUUAAUAUACCUUUGAUUUAAAAUUACAUCUCCAAAAAAAGCAGUACGAUAGCAUGUUUUUAAAUUACUACAUCUUAUGCAAGGUCUCUGGAAUUGGAUCUUUAUUUAAUAUUUAAAACAGUUCUGAAUAGUUAGAAAAUAAAUCUAAAUAUUCCCACUUCAUGUUACCUGUUCCUUACAGAAUUACAGAUAAUUUGCAUCAAUCAUCAUUGUCUGCUGUAGGGCAUUUGUUAAGCUUUCAGUUUCAAUCAUGUUUACUACACCAAUUACACCAGCACCUGGGGCCUAUUUCACAAAUGUGGUUUAAAAAAGCCAGGUUUAGUUUAAGUUAUCUGGUUUGAGUUAACAGUAUAUAACUUAGCAAUAACUGUUGCAAGAACGUAGACUGAGUUUUAAAUUAAUCUAGAUAACUCAAGCCAGGUUAAUGUUUCUAUCUAUGUGUGUGGAACCAACUGUUUGAGUGUGUUAUCAUGGUAAUCUUUAUUAACAAUCUGAAAAAAUGGAAGCGACUUUUUUUUUUUAUUGCUUCCGAGCAACACAUUUUAGUUUCAACGUAUGAUAAUGUUAAAGAGAGAUAUAUAUUUAUUAAACAAAAAGGAAGAAAAAAUAAACCCUGCUACUGCCAAUAAAGCCAGGGUGGCAGUCUGGCACCCUGUAGCUGACACUUAAUGCGCAAGUAUAGUCACAUCCUGAGUACACAAGCACAAAUCCCUUGACUUAUUUAUAUUAUAUAUUUAUAUCUUGCUGUAUUUUGAUUA